GAGAGGACUAUGUCAAGAGCAACACAGUAACAUAACAGUGGAAAGUAUUUAAAUUGAUUGAUUGUGAUCAUCGAGUGGUGCAAUUAAUAAAGAAAUCAAGAAUAUAUCGUAUCAAUUAAGCAAGAAGAAUUGUCGUAGGUGAAGUAGAGUUCGCGUGACAAGAACAGUGAGGACGGGGUAACGUCGACAAAGCUCCAAUUAGUUCCUCGUAAAAAAAUUAUAAAUAUAUUGGAAUUUCACCAAAUUUAAUGUGCGUGCAAUGUUAGCGCUUGGGCGUUAUAUUACAUUGACAAGUAUCUUCAUACUUUGGACAAAUGGGAUGGAUAACGAAGAGGUUGUGGAGAGGGCAUGGCAGGAUACCACGUUAAUUUAUCAGAUUUGGCCUAGAGGAUUCCAAGACAGCGACGGCGAUGGUGAAGGUGAUCUGAAGGGUAUUAUUAGCCGACUUGAUUACAUCGAGGAUCUUGGAAUUGAAACGAUUUGGUUGAAUCCUAUUUAUCCUUCACCGUUAAUCGAUUCUGGAUAUGACGUUUCUAAUUAUACAGAUAUAGAGCCCCUUUUCGGUGAUUUGAGUGAUUUCGACAAUCUAAUGCAAAAGGCACAUGAUCGAGGAUUGAAAGUUAUGUUGGAUAUUAUUCCUAAUCAUUCCAGCGAUCAGCACGAAUGGUUUGAGUUAUCGGCAAAGAAUGUCGAGCCAUAUACUGAUUAUUAUAUCUGGGCUAAUGGUAGCAUCGAUGAGAAUGGCCACAAUAUUCCACCAAAUAAUUGGAUAAGCACAUACAGCGAUGAAGAAGGCUCUGCAUGGACAUGGCAUGAUGGAAGACAACAAUGGUACUAUCAUAAAUAUCACAGUUCUCAACCGGAUCUUAAUUUGAGAAACGAGAAAGUGGUUAAGGAAUUAAUGGGUAUAUUCGACUUUUGGUUGGCAAGAAACGUCGAUGGUUUUCGAAUUAAUGCAGUACCUUAUUUCUUCGAAGACGAAGCUUUAAGAAAUGAAUCCUUUGCGGGAGAGGGUACUUAUACUUUUGGUCUUCCUGAAAGUACUGCGCUUCUUUAUGUAUUUCGUGAACAUAUCGAAAGCUGGGUAUCAAGAAAUAAUGCCUUAUCAAAAUUGUUAGUCGCGGAGUCGUACGAUACUUCUGAUGAUAAUUUAUUGGCGUAUUACGGCAACGGCACGCACAAAGGAAUUGCACCGUUUAAUUUCAAAUUUAUUACACAUAUUCAUAACAGCAGCUACAGCGAUGCUGGUGAUAUUAAAUACAUUUUAGAGAAAUGGCUUAAAUCUCUUCCAAAAGACACCAAGACUAAUUGGGUGCUUUCAAAUCAUGAUAAUUCAAGAGCAGCUACAAGAAUCGGACUUAACCGAGUCGAUGGCCUUCACAUGCUUAGUCUUCUGCUGCCUGGACAGGCAUACACAUACUACGGCGACGAAAUAGCCAUGUUGGACUCAGAAAUAUUUUGGAGCAGAACCAUUGAUCCGAUGGGUUGCGCCAGAGGCAUAAACGAAUAUAAAUCUUUUUCAAGAGAUCCAGCGAGAACUCCUAUGCAAUGGAAUUCCGAAAUUUCAGCUGGUUUCUCUACAAAUGAAACCACAUAUCUUCCUACUCAUCCUGAUUAUGUUUAUAGAAACGUAGAAAUACAACAAAGUAAAGAAAGAAGCAAUUUGAAGACGUACAAGGAGCUAGCUGUUCUAAGGAAAGAGCCAGUUUUUAUAAAUGGAAAUUACGAAUUUGCAAAUCUGAAUAAUAAUCGCGUAUUGGUAUUAAAAAGGUCUUUGAAGAAUCAUCCAGUGUACAUUGUUGUAAUUAAUUUGGGUAUACGGACAGAAGAGAUUAAUUUGACUUCAAUUUGUGCUAAUUUAAAAGAUACUUUGGAUAUUAUUGUUGCUUCUAGCAAUGCAAUUGGCGUCACAGGCGCUGUUUCACGGGACAAAUUUACAUUAACAGCAAAUGCUGCGCUUGUAUUAAAAGGCGAAGAAGAACAAGUCACAACUAAACCAACUACUACGUCUGAGGCAACCACUCCUGUAAAUCAUACAACCGAAAGUACAACAGAAAAAGAAAAGCGUUCCACCUCGAUAAAACCAGAGACAUCUGAGAAACCUGAUAAUGCAAUGUCAAUUGGUCCUUCAUUUUUGCUCAUGAUAAGCACCGUUAUAGUUAUUUUAUCGUGUAGAUUUUAAAAAUAAUAAUAGCUGAUACGAGAGAUCGAUCCAAUAAAAAUAAGAAUGUUAGAUAUACUGUAAGCCUAAUCAACUUAAAUACGCGAUGAUCAGAUAUGGAAUGUCUUAUAUCUUUUAUCUAUAAGUGUUUUGACUAAUUUAACUUAAUUUAAUAUAACUAAUAAUUAGAUUUCUGACCAAUUAUUAACUACAUUCUUUAUACUUCGGUUUUCGCCAUGCAAUAGCAAUGGUUACACUCGUGCCGUUAUGUAUUUCUUGCAUUUGUUGCUAUUUGUUACAGUUACAGUAUUUGAAAGAACGUACCUGCUGAAUUUUUAAAACCAUCUGUAUAUUUAGUAUUUUUUAAGUUCUCUCAUUCAGAUGGAACGUUAAAAAAAGACUUAUUUCCACGAAGCAGAAAAUCCAUAUUAGUCACAGAAAUCCAUAAAAGGAGACGCGGAAAAAUGCACAGAAAAAAAGGAGAAUCCUCGAUUUACGCAGAGCUCGCAGAAUGUGACCAUUGCAGCAACCUACAUUGAUCUAUGUAUGACCAAUCGCGGUGUUGAUCAAAUGCGGAGCGAAUGUACUUGAUCCAUGUAAUAGAUCGGAUGGCCGUUGUCUUAUACGUUCCCACCAGAAACAAAGGAUAGAGGCAUACAUAAAAAUCGUUUAUCUCUGCAUCGACAGGUUCUUAUUAUUCUCAUCCUUUCAUC